UGUGCGGCGCGUUCUUUCACGGUCGUUUAAUUGCCUUUUAAUUGUUUUCAUUUGAAAAGUGCAUUUCAAUUGUAUUGGAUAAUUAUAAAAAAUAAACAACUAGUGCAUGCAAAAAUAGUCGCGCAUAACUGAUAGUACGUUCAGUGCAAUUUGUAAUUUUUAUUUGACAGCGAAAACAUUUCAAUUGAUGGCACUACACGCCAGACAAUGUUUUAAUUCGUAAUUAUUUACUAUCUCUGGGAAAAUACAAUAGGCUGCGCAGUUAACCAAAAUUCCUAGUGCGGGCGUUAAUAAAACUAUUACCACAAAAAUGGAAAAUAUGCGCCCACCGCAAAAGUCCGUCCUAUUGAAGGUCGUUAUAUUGGGCGAUGGGGGUGUUGGUAAGUCCUGCCUUAUGAAUCGCUUCGUUUCGAAUCGUUACGAUGAAAACAAUUUCCACACCAUUGGCGUAGAGUUCAUGAACAAGGACAUUGUUGUGGAUGGCGAGAAAUAUACCUUACAGAUCUGGGAUACAGCAGGUCAGGAGCGCUUUUGGGCCUUACGCACACCUUUCUAUCGUGGCUCGGACAUCUGUCUGCUGUGCUAUGCUCUGAACGAUCGUGAAAGUCUGCGCCAUCUGAAACGUUGGCGCGACGAGUUCUUACAGUUUGCGGAUGUUAAGCCCGAGAAGUUUCCGUUUAUUGUUGUGGGCAAUAAGAACGACCUGAGGCAUGAAAUUAAUCCCGCAGAGGUACAACAAUGGUGCACGGACCAAAACAUAGCCAUACAUAUAGAUACCUCAUCCAAGGCGGCCACAAAUGUAACCGAUGCCUUCGUCCUGGCCGUGCAGCGAUGGAAGCACUUGGAACGCGUCGCAGAGGCAGAGCUCCGCCAAGACGGCGAGACCAUUGAUUUAACACGACCCGUCCGUCUCCUGCAGAAACGCGUUUGCUGCACGGGUGGCGGUGGCGGCGAUGGGGGCACGAAUGGCGCCGAUUAUGACGACAAUGAUGCGCACUUUGCAGAUUCCGCCAUGCGGGCCCCAACAUUUAAGACGCGACAGUUGUUUGGACAGCAACGCAAAGCCACAAAGGCGCCAAAGACCAAUUACCAACUAUAAGCACUGUGCGGCAGGGUGUGAGUGUGUGUGUGAGGCUGCCGGCAUUAACUACUUACCUUACUCUAAGAUAAGUCUCGUUUGUAGCUGUUAAUUGCAUUCUUGACGAUGUGAUGAACCAAAUAACGGGUGCAAUCAACAAUAUAUACGAAACACAUUUUAAAACCCACAACUUAAAUGUUGUAUAACAGCUUCUAAAAGCAGUUACGAUUAUAGCCGUUAAAGAAAAGUCUCCAAUACUUGCAAAACUUGUAUAACAGAUUUUGAAGACAGAAAAAAGAUAAAUAUAUCUGUAUAAUAGAUAAUGCACAGAAUGUUGUAUAACAACUGGUGUUGUUUAACAGCUUGUAAUACCAGCUUAGGGUGUACAAUUUUUUUAUUAAAAAAUAAAAAAAAUAAUCGCGUGAGAUAGGAAGAGGCUAACUAAAAUA